CCUACAUCGUCAUUGGGUGUGAUACAUUUAUCAUUCUUAAACUUUCACUUUCGCUUAUCAGAAACGCGGCGUGCCUCAUCAUUACUGUGAACGACACAGGUACAAUUAGAGGACACGGCGAAGAUAAACCCGUACUAAAGAUGAUGUCACUCUUCCAACUGUGUCUUGUGUUCUUGCUGUAUGGUGCAGUGGAGUCUGGAUUGCGUUGUGUUCGGGAUUUGCAAGAGAAACCCUACAGUGAUGUCACCUUCAGCUGUCGUCUGGAAGGCGUCAGUCCCCAGGAUGUCGUUGCUGUCACCUGGAAGAAAGGAAAUGACGUUGUUGCUCAGGCUGUCCCGGGUGUAAAAAGGGGGAAGCGAGGUGUGCCUGGAGAUCCCAGAGCAGAGGUCAGAGAGGACGGGCUUGACAAAGGAGACAUGUCGCUGCUCCUCAAAGACGUUCGAUAUACAGACCAGGGCUCCUAUCACUGCACUGUCGCCACUCGCUCCAGGAAAUAUGACGAAACUGUCAACCUGUUUAUACCAGAGCCUGAGUAUCCCACAGUGUAUUUCGACUCCGUGACCAGCACUUUUACCUGUAAUUCUACUGGCUGGUAUCGUGAGCCGAAGGUCCAGUGGACCAAUGAGAAAGGAGAGAAUCUGACUGACCAGUCAGAAACAGCACCAGCAGAGAAAGAGGGUGAAGUGUACAAAGUGAUGUCUGUCCUGAAAACUAGUGAUCUUCACCAGCAGUACAUCUGCACUGUCCAAGAAGGAGGGAUAGAAAAAGCAAUACGCAACUUCCUCACAAAUGGGAAGACGGAGCUCUAAGUCUUCUCUCAGAGCUCCCCUGCCAUGAAAUGGAGAAGAGCGAAUGCAAACCCUUGAAGUGAGCGUCGUGUUGAAAUGAUGAGGAUGUUUGUUAAGAUCAAUGUAAACGCAAGCUUAUUUCUGUUUGUUUGAACUUUCUGUAGCUGGAAUAAGUUUCUAUUAUAAGAUCUAUAUGCAGAACAGUGUGAUGUCGCAUUCUCAUUGCAACAUGACAUCUGGUUCUGCACGAAGCCUGAUCUGGCGUGCUCUCGUAUUCAAUGACAGAGUUUUUAUAUAUUUUGUGAUCCUCUGACCUAUGCUGUGUAAAAUGCACAUUCCGUGUUUUUCUGUGUCAUUCCAAUGCAAACGGAUUUCUAGCAUCCCUGGUAAUAAUAAAGGGCAUCAUAGCGAGGAGGUGCUGUACUCAGACUUGGGGUCAAAUGCAAAUUUAAAUGCAAACUGUUGAACUAUUUGCAUUUGACUUGUUAUUUGCAUUCUGAAAUACAAGCAUUUGCAUUUCAAAUCAUGGGAAAGCUUCAAAAACAUGUCAAAUGCAUUUAAAUACUAUUCAAUACUACGACUACUACUACUACUAAUAAUAAUAAUAAUAGUAAUAAUUAAUAAUAAUAAUAAAAGUAGAGACUUUUCAGUAUUGCUGCAAGCAAAGUUUAUCGACCUGAAAGAUACAAACUGAAGGACUCCACUUUUGAAAAGUAAAUGUUUAUUAUCUAGCCAUUUAAGAGCUACAAAUAAUUGAAAAGCUAUUGAAAGGCCAAUUAUUACUUUUAAUUGAGGGUUCAAUGAAGUAAUUCAGAGCUCAGUCAAUUUAGAACUAUUGCAUGGAAGAGUAUUUGAAAUGCAUUUGGUGUUUGUUACAUAUUUGUAUUUUGUUUGGUAGUAAAUGCAUCACAUUUGCAUCGAGCAAAUUCAGAAUUUCAAAUACAUGAAGACAUUUGUAUUUAAAUGCAUUUGACCCCAUGUCUGACUGUACUACAGUGUUGUUGGUUUGUUUAGAAGCAGGUUUGUGGUUGUUAAGAAGUCAUUGCUAAGAAUGCGACACGGUCACUUUUCUAGUGUAUUGUAAGAGUAAAAUAAUGCUUAUCCUCCUCAUUACAAGCAUGCAGUACACUGGAUAUUUUUCUUUUGAGAUUUGCAUUGCACAGAUCAGCAGGACGGCAGCCAGUAUGUGCAGAAACAGGUAGUGGACAAAAAAUGGAAACCCCAAUGUAAAGUCUCUUAAUAGGGCGUUGGGCCGCUCUGGUAUCCCGCUCUGUGGAGUUCUCGUCGGACCGUUUUUGAUGAAACUGGCCGCUCGCGCCCCAGGUUGAAAUCCGCAGUCAGUUGAUCUGCAGUCGCUCUCCUGUUCUGCCUUUGCGCUUGGAAUGAACGCACGGAUAUCACGAUCCUGGAGUAUGCGCUUCCGCCCGCUGUUGCCCUUUGCUGAUGAUGUCUUUCCCUCGGAGUUCCAUGCCAUACCUUAGACACUGUUGCUCGUGAAACAUCAGCAAGUUGAGCUGUCUUGGUCACUGAAGCUCCUCCCAAACGCGCCCCAACAAUCACCGCUCUUUCAAAGUCACCGAGGUCUCCUCUUGCAGCCAACUAGCCAGAAUUCUAGGCAACCAGGCCUGUCCAGCAUUUUUCUACAUGACCCUAAGCAUGCUAGGAUGUGAUUUGCUUAAUUAACGCAUGAGCCACACCUGUGUGGAAGCCCUUGCUUUCAAUAUACUCGGUGUCCCUCAUUUACCCAGGUGUUUCCAUUUUUUUGUCCACUACCUUUAGCUGCUGGACACCUAGGCUUUCUAUUGGUGCGCUGUUUACCAGAAGGCGUUUGCGUUAAUCAAUCAAAGGAAGGUGGAAAUGGAGACUUACAGCAGCGAAGCGCCUUGGCCGACAAUGCAAACAGAUUACGUUUUUAAAUAUUACCUUCAAUAUUUUUUCUACUUUCAUACAUUGAUCUUUUUAUAAGAACCUGUUGAUGCUACAAGAAUAUAAAUAAUGUCUCAAUGUUGGUAUUUAGUAUUUUUUUCAACAAAACAAAUGCAGUCCAGUAUACUGGAGAUUUGGAAUUAAAGACAUUGUUACAGAAUUUUUACACAAGCAUAAAGUACAGAAUGUAUUUGAUAAAUUGCAUAUUGAAUUUGUUUUUUAGGGAAAUUAAAGUUUAUUUGAUUAUUUUAUUGUAUAGUAUAUUUCUUUAUAUUUAAUUUUAAAUGUGUAUUUUUAAUUAGUGAUAUGUAAGAAUACAUGUGCACAUUUCAAUGUGCAUGUUCACUGUGAUACUCAUCACAGAAAAACAAAAUACCGUAUUACUUAGAGCCGGCCUCGAAUGAAAGACGUCCUCGUAUUGACACUGCAGUUAUAUAUCAGCUUUAUAAUAGAGGCCCUCUUGAAUAAACACCGCUAUCAAUAAAGAAACGUUAGGGUAUUUUCUUCUCCCCCUCAGUAGUUAAAAGAUGCCUUUUCCUUCUGUUAUUAUAUAUUUGUAAUUGUUUAUAAAUUAUCUCAUUGCCUUUCUGAAAUGUUAGAUGCAGUUGGUCUACUCAUUGGGCAGUUCAAAGUUUCAAUAUUAUAAUUGUUUGCUUAUUUUAACAAUAAUGUGAGUGAAAUAUCAUCACAAGAAAGAAGACAUUUCCAUGGAUAUCGUAAAUCACAAUCAAAUUGCAUUACAUGUGCAAUCUGCCCACAGUGGAAAAGCAGAAACGUGUUUUAAACCUGGCCUUUGUCGCCCUCUUCAGGACAAACUCUGCAGCUGCGCAGAGCCUGAUUGAAAGCAAUUCUUUUCACUUGGUGUGGUUCCAUUGGAAAUGUAGGGCUCUAUUCACACAACCUUCAGGACUGUUCCAAGCACUGUUUUGUUAAAGACUCUUUAUGGUUUAAAUCAAGUUAAAUCAAGUUGUUUAGAGAGGGGGAGCAGUUUGUUGUUUAUUAAUUUUAUGGUUUAUUAUUAUUAUUAUUCAAAGUACCCUUUAAGGUCAAUAAUCUUUAUAAUCAGGUUUUAAAUUAAAACCAAAACAUGAAUGUAAAUAAGCACCAUUUUAAUAACCUUUUUUUUCACGUUUCUGUACUUCAAUUAAUGCAAACCUUUUUUUCAUGUACUUUCUUUAAAUGUUUUGUAAAGUUUUAAUUUUCAAUAAAUGUUUUGUUCUGCG